AUGAAAUUGGCGGUGGAGGUUUUGGACGCGUGCGAUCUGAUCCCCAAGGAUGGGCAGGGAUCGGCGAGCGCGUACGUGGAGGUGGAGUUCGAGGGGCAGCGCCACCGGACCCAGACGAAGGUCAAGGACCUCAACCCCACCUGGAACGAGACGCUGGUUUUCAACGUCGCCGACCCAACGGAGCUCCCCAACCGCACCAUCGAGGUGACCGUCUACAACGACGGCGGCGCCGGCAGGAAAUUUCUCGGCCGGGUUCGCAUCUCGGGGACCUCCAUCGCACCGUCCGCCGAGGACGCCGCCGCCAGCCGGUGCCCCCUCGACAAGCGUGGGAUCUUCUCCCACAUCCGCGGGGAUAUCGCCCUGCGCAUCUACGCCCUCCCCGAUCCCCUCUCUCCUCCCCUCCCCUUCCUCGAUCCCUCCCUCCCCGUCGCCUCCGGCGGCAGCGGCGCCGCCGACAAGAAGGGAGACGCCCCCGCCGCCGUAGACGGGAAGAAGGAUGAGGAGAAGAAGAAGGAUGAUUCGAAGGCGACGACUGCGGAGAAGAAGCCCGCCGACGGCAACGCGCGGUCGUUCUACUCGAUGCCCCCCGGCGGCGGGGGGGUGAGGUUCGAGCUUGGGCAGAUGAAGGCGACGGUGGCAGCGGCGGCGAUGAGCCCGGCGGAGACCACAGUGGUAGCGGAUAGGCGGGCCGACUACUCGCGCGCAGGGCCGAUGGCGGUGCCGCGGUUGAUGCAGGUGCCGGGGUUCGGGCUGGUGGAGACGAAACCCUCGGUGGCGGCGCGGCGGGGCCGCCGCGGCGGCGGCGGCGGCAGCAGCGGCGACCGGAUCUCCAGCACCUUCGACCUGGUGGAGCAGAUGCACUACCUGUACGUGAGCGUGGUGAAGGCGAGGAACCUGCCGACGGGGGACCCCUACGUGGAGGUGAAGCUGGGGAACUACCGGGGGUUGACCAAGCACCGGGAGAAGACCCAAAGCCCGUCGUGGGGGCAGGUCUUCGCCUUCUCCAAGGAGCGGCUGCAGAGCAACACCCUGGAGGUGUCGGUCAAGGACAAGGACCUCAUCAAGGACGACCUCCUGGGGCGCGUGAUCUUCGACAUCUCGGAGGUCCCCCAGCGCGUGCCGCCGGAGAGCCCGCUGGCGCCAGAGUGGUACCACCUGCAGAACCAGAAGGGGGAGAAGCUCGAGAAGGGGGAGGUCAUGCUGGCCGUGUGGAUCGGCACUCAGGCUGACGAGGCUUUUCCCGACGCGUGGCACUCGGACGCCCACUCAGUCAAUGCCGAGGGGAUGGUCAGCACCCGCUCCAAGGUAUACUUCUCCCCGCGGCUCUGCUAUCUGAGGGUGCACAUCAUCCAGGCCCAGGACCUCGUCCCUGCCGACAAGAGCCGCCCGCCGGAGCCCUACCUGAAGCUGCAGCUGGGGAACCAGUUCCGCCGCACCCGCCCCUCGCCGGCGCGCUCCGUCAACGCCACCUGGAACGAGGAGCACAUGUUCGUCGCCGCCGAGCCCUUCGACGAGCCGCUGAUGAUCACCGUGGAAGACCGGCUCCCCGGCGGCAAGGAGGAGAGCAUCGGGAAGCUGGUGGUGCCGGUGGAGCUCGCCCAGAAGCGGUUCGACAACAAGGUCGUCGAGCCCAAGUGGUUCAGCCUCGACAAGCCCUCCGGCGGCGAGGGGGAGAAGGACGAAAGCAAGUUCGCCAGCAAGCUCCUGCUCCGGCUGUGCCUGGACAUGGGGUACCAUGUGCUGGACGAGUCGACCCACUACAGCAGCGACUUCCGGCCGUACAACCGGAACCUGUGGAAGCACUCCGUGGGGGUCCUGGAGCUGGGCAUUAUCGACGCUCGCAACCUCGCGCCCAUGAAGGCCAAGAACGGAAGCAGCAGCACCACCGACGCCUACUGCGUCGCCAAGUACGGGCCCAAGUGGGUCCGCACCCGCACCCUACUGGACACAGUGACGCCGCGCUGGAACGAGCAGUACACGUGGGAGGUCUACGAUCCCUGCACCGUCAUCACCGUGGGGGUAUUCGACAACUGCCACGUCGACGGCGGCAAGGACGGCAAGGACGGCAAGGAGGGCGACGACCAGCGCAUCGGGAAAGUCCGUAUCCGGCUGUCCACCCUGGAGGCGAACCGGGUGUACACCCACUACCACCCGCUGCUGGUGCUGCAGCCGUCGGGCCUCAAGAAGGCCGGCGAGCUCCACCUGGCCAUCCGCUUCACCUGCACGGCGUGGGUCAACAUGGUGGCGCUCUACGCGCGGCCCCCGCUGCCAAAGAUGCACUACGUGCUGCCCAUGCCGGUGGUGCAGCUGGACCACCUGCGCCACCAAGCGAUGCAGAUCGUCGCCUCCCGCCUGGCCCGUGCCGAGCCGCCGCUGCGCAAGGAGGCGGUGCAGUACAUGCUCGACGUGGACUCCCACAUGUUCAGCCUCCGCCGGAGCAAGGCCAACUUCCACCGCGUGGUGUCCCUCCUCUCUGGUGCCAUGAACGUCGCCCGGUGGUUCGGGGGGAUCUGCAGCUGGAAGAACCCGGCCACCACCAUCCUCGUCCAUGUCCUCUUCACCGUCCUGGUCUGCUACCCGGAGCUGAUCCUCUCCACCGUCUUCCUGUACCUGUUCCUCAUCGGGCUGUGGAACUACCGGUCGCGGCCGCGGACGCCGCCGCACAUGGACACUGUGCUGUCCUGCGCGGACCGCACCAACUCGGAGGAGCUGGACGAGGAGUUCGACAGCUUCCCGUCGGCGCGGGCACCGGAACUGGUGCGGCAGCGGUACGACCGGCUGAGGAGCGUGGCGGGGAGGGUGCAGACGGUGGUAGGGGACCUGGCGACGCAGGGGGAGAGGGCGCUCGCGAUACUCAGCUGGAGGGAUCCGCGCGCCACCGCCAUCGCCAUCAUCCUCUCGCUCUUCCUGGCGCUGUUCCUGUACGUGACGCCAUUCCAGGUGGUCGUCUUCAUCGCCGGGAUAUACGUGCUGCGCCACCCGAGGUUCCGGAGCAGGAUGCCGUCUGUGCCCUUCAACUUCUACCGCCGCCUGCCCCCCAAGUCCGACAUGCUUUUCUGA